UAAACCAAAGUCUGACAUGGAGGUCCAAACAUUUCCCAACGAAAUCGUUUUCUUCGAUCUAGAAACAACUGUACCGAACAAAACGGGACAACAUUUUCACAUCCUAGAGUUUGGUGCGAUAAUCGUUUGUCCAAGGAAACUCGAGGAGCUGGAGAGCUUCACAACGCUAAUACAACCUAAAGACUUGUCUGUGGUCUCAAUAAGGUCAUCCAGGUCAGAUGGGAUCACGAGGGCCAAGGUUACGAACGCACCAAGUUUUGAAGAUGUGGCUGAGAAGAUCUACGGUUUGUUGAACGGUCGGAUUUGGGCAGGUCAUAACAUUAGAAGAUUCGAUUGCGUUAGGAUCAAAGAAGCUUUUGCUGAGAUCGGUAAAGCUGCGCCUGAACCCUCAGGGAUCAUUGAUUCUUUGGGGUUAUUAAGUGACAAGUUUGGCAAAAGAGCCGGUAACAUGAAGAUGGCAAGUUUGGCUGCAUAUUUUGGUCUUGGAGAGCAAAAGCACAGGAGUCUCGAUGAUGUUCGAAUGAAUUUAGAGGUCCUCAAGCACUGCGCAACAGUGCUUUUCUUGGAAUCUACACUUCCCCAUCAGUUGGAAGGAAAAUGGCAAAGCUCUUCAAAAAUCAUGACAAGAAGUCGAAGUAAUUACCAAAUAGCCCAAAGGGCAAUGCCUUACUCCAAGGGUAGUAGUCUCGUGAAGAUGACACAAAAUGUGAAGAAUCUCUUAAGCAAAGCCCAAGGCAGUCAAACUCUCCAAAGCUUGAUCAAUCAUUCUCAUUCUUUGCUUAGAUGAUUAUUGCAUACCUCCUAAAUUAAUCUUAAUUUCUUAUUCUAUAAUUUAGGACAUGAAUUGAGUUGUAUUGCACAUUUCUGUACCUACAUUGACUAUAUACAUUACAAAAUAUUUAAUACAAAAUUAUUUUUAUA